AUGGCGUCGUCGUUGCUGAAGCCACACUCCCACUGCUCCGCUCUGCCGUCCGGGAGAAGCAGCGGCCUAAAUGGCGGCAGCUGCCCCGCGACGGUGCACCUAGUGCAGAGGCCAGCCGGGAGGAGGGGCGACGCGCUGAAGGCGAGGGCGUUCCCGCUGGACGUGGUGCCGCUGAUGGUGACGAUGGUGGAGCACGUCGACAACCAGAGGGACUGGGUGGUCACCAAGUCCAUAUGGCAUCUCAGCGACACGGCCAUCAAGAGCUUCUACACGUUCUACGCCAUGUUCACGGUCUGGGGCGUCUGCUUCUUCGCGUCCAUGAAGGAUCCAUUCUACGACAGCGAGUAUUACAGGGGGCAAGGGGGUGAUGGCACCGUGCACUGGUACUACGACCGGCAAGAGGACAUCGAGGCGACGGCGAGGGGGGAUCUGCUGAGGGAGGAGCUGCUUGAGGAGAUCGAGCAGAGGGUCGGAGGGCUGAGGGAGCUCGAGGACGCGGGAAUGGAGGGGGAGCUUGAGGAAGCCAAGUAA